CUUUCAGGGGUUUUGCGGAUUCAAGUACCUAAUCCGCUUUACCCGUUCAAUUGGGAUUUAGAGGCCGCCUAUAACCUUCAAAUCCGCAACCAACCAUCCACCUUAGGUAGUAUUUUCGUAGCUUGUUUGAAACCCUUGUUUCCGCUGAUUAGUUGACUGAAAAAUUACCUAAGGCGUAUAGGACUUCUAUAUGCGAUGUUCUUCUUGGCAUACUUGAUUACGUAGGUACCUGUUAUCACGAUUUAAUACAUAUAUUACCCAAUUCCUAGAUCAUGAAUAUUCAGUUCACCUUUUCCCUUUGGCUCAGCUCCUUCAAGGUUGUUUACAUACCUAGGUAGAUUACUUCGUGCACUCUUAUAUACCUAACCUAUGGAUUAAAUCAAUAUAUGUUCUUGCAACACUUAAUAAAUGACGCACACCGGUAUAGACUCCGAUAUAAGGGAGUCUUUUACGACGGAGCCCAAGACGUCCGGUAUAAGUACAGACAAGCCGGAAAAUCCGUCGGUCGAGAUCGGCCAGCCUGAAGCAGUUAAGGUCGGUGCUGGUGCCGGUACCGAUGUAGACGUGCAAGCGGAAGCAGCAGACGAUGGCACAGCAAAAAAGAAACCAUUGGGGUUCUACCUCUCCUUCUUAGCCAUCAAUAUUCUCGUCUUUCUGUUUUCUCUAGAUGCUACCAGUCUCGCAGUAGCUAUUCCUGGGAUUGCGGAAGAACUUCACGGUAGUACAUUAGAAUCUUUCUGGGCCGGAAUCGCCUAUUAUCUCGGCCUCGUCGUCAGUCUACCUCUAUUUGCCAGCAUUUCCGACGUUUUUGGCCGGAAACCUCCGCUUUACGUAGCUUUCCUGCUCUUUACCGCCGGCGCCCUCUCCUUCUCUCUCGCUAAGAACAUGGCUGCUGUUAUCGCCGGCAGGGCCGUCCAAGGUCUAGGCGGCGGCGGUCUCGAUGUUCUCGGCGAGAUCAUCGUUUCCGAUAUGACCUCCCUGAAGGAGCGACCGCUGUACCUUGGAAUCAUGGCCCUGCCUAUUGCCAUCGGUAGUAUUAUCGGCCCAACGAUCGGUGCGCUCUUCAGCGACUUCGUCACGUGGCGGUGGAUUGGCUGGAUCAACUUGCCGUUUUUGGGAGUCGCCUUUCCCCUAAUCGCCUUCUUCCUUCGUCUUCGAUCGCUUGGCACGUCGCUCGACGCUCAGCUGAAGAGUCUGGAUUGGAACGGCAUGAUACUUCUGACGGUUGGAUGUACAGUAUUUGUACUGCCCUUGAGUUGGGCUGAUGCACUGUACCCGUGGAACUCCUAUCAAACACUCGUCCCUCUGCUCCUGGGCGCCGCAGUCAUAGCUCUUUUCGUGUUUUACGAAACGAAGCCCAAGGCCCCGGUUAUUCCGCUUCGAAUCUUCCAGUCCCGAACUGCGGCAGUGACUUUGUGCGGUGCUUUUGUCCACGGCAUGACGCUAUACACACUUCUGCAGUACAUCCCUCUGACGUACCAGGCUGUUAUGCUUGAUACGCGGAUUACAGCCGCGGUUUCGUUGCUUCCUACCAGCGCCGUCAGCGUUAUAGGUGCUAUAACUUCAGUAAUAGGGAUUGGAAAACUCGGGAUGGGAUACCAGGGGCGAAUUUGGCUGUCCUGGGGCUUGGUAAUUGUAGGAACCGGCCUGUUGAUUCUAUUAGACCCGUAUUCAUCAGCUGGUAUGCGGCACGGAAUCCCUAUCAUAUGGGGUGCGGGAGUUGGCGCUCUGCUCCGUCUUCAGCAUAUUCCUAUGCAGGCAAGCGUAUCGAGCGUCGACGACACGGGCCACGCAAUCGCCCUGAUGUUGACCUUCCGGUGCCUGGGCGGCUUAGUCGGGCUUGCUAUUGGUUCAACAGUAUUCAGCAGUACUUUUGGGUCCGCGAUCGCUGCAGUUGGAGAAUUGCCCGACUCUCUUAGUCUCCUUAGAGACCCGCACAAUGCCAUCGCCUUUAUUCCGGUGAUACGGACCGUAGAUCUUCCAGCAGAUGUCAUAGCGCCCGUCUUAUACGCGUACCUGUCGGCUAUGCGUGGUGUAUUCUAUGCCAUGAUCGGAUUUUCCGGCUUUGGUUUUGUGACGUCUUUGUUAACGGAAGAAUUGAGUCUCCAGAGAACGGAACGCGGACGACAGCACUUCGAAACGUAAUUCGCUGCCGCAUGGAUGAAUUAGGGUUAUAUGGGGUUGAACAGCCCAAGUUGGCGGUAAUGAGGCUUGAGGAAUACGGUAUUAGGAAUAUUUUGACGAGGGCUUUGGAAAACAGGCACAUGAUAAUGCUAAUAGAGGCUGCAAC